AUGGAGUCUCCGGAAUCGUUCGGUUACGUGUAUAUGUUAUCAGCUCCUCAAGAUGUUGGUGGUGUUGCCGGAUGGGGUAGCGGUGGAUGUACACCGCCGGGCGGUUACGACAGCUUAUCGGAGGGUUAUCAAAGUUCGAGUCCGGAUCCGGCGUCGCGAUGCAAAAGUCGUGUCACACCCUUAGUACUACGAAAACGGCGCUUAGCGGCGAACGCACGUGAACGUCGUCGGAUGCAGAAUCUCAAUCAAGCAUUCGAUAGGUUAAGGACGUUUCUUCCACAAUUGGGACAAGACCGGCAGUUGUCGAAAUACGAAACUCUGCAAAUGGCCCAAACGUAUAUCGCCGCCCUUUAUGAUUUAUUAGAACAACGACCGAGUGUGUAACACUUCUCAGGUACUUACUUUAGUUUAAAGGAAUUUUGCCAAAGGCUCGUUAUUGUUAUAGUUAAUUAUAGUGUGAGUAUGAGUGAUUGAA